GCAGGGACAGCUGCGGAUAGGGGCCGAACCAGCUUUGUUCCCAGGGUGGCGCCCGCUCUCCAUCCAGGCCCUGCUCCUCCCCAGGCUCGGUGGGCAGCUGGCACUGUGGGUCCCCUGCUAUGAGCACCUAGAGGCACGGCGCCACCAGGGUCUCUCCGCGGGAGGCACGGGGCUCUGGGAGGAUGGGGCAGGACCAGACGAAGCAGCAGAUCGAGAAGGGGCUCCAGCUGUAUCAGUCUAACCAGACAGAGAAGGCUCUGCAGGUGUGGAUGAAGGUGUUGGAGAAGAGCUCGGACCUCGUGGGGCGCUUCCGCGUGCUGGGCUGCCUGGUCACGGCCCACUCGGAGAUGGGCCGUUUCAAGGAGAUGCUGAAGUUUGCUGUGGUACAGAUUGACACAGCUCGGGAGCUGGAGGAUGCCAACUUCCUCCUGGAGAGCUACCUGAACCUGGCGCGCAGCAACGAGAAGCUGUGUGAGUUUCACAAGACCAUCUCCUACUGCAAGACCUGCCUCGGCCUGCCUGGCACAAGGGCGGGUGCCCAGCUCGGGGGCCAGGUCAGCCUGAGCAUGGGCAAUGCCUACCUGGGCCUCAGCCUCUUCCAGAAGGCCCUGGAGAGCUUCGAGAAGGCCCUGCGCUACGCCCACAACAACGACGACGCCAUGCUCGAGUGCCGCGUCUGCUGCAGCCUGGGCAGCUUCUACGCUCAGGUCAAGGACUAUGAGAAAGCCCUGUUCUUCCCCUGCAAAGCCGCAGAGCUCGUCAACGACUACGGCAAAGGCUGGAGCCUCAAGUACCGGGCCAUGAGCCAGUACCACAUGGCUGUGGCCUACCGCCUGCUAGGACACCUGGGCAGUGCCAUGGAGUGCUGUGAGGAGUCUAUGAAGAUUGCACUGCAGCAUGGGGACAGGCCACUGCAGGCGCUCUGCUUGCUCUGCUUUGCUGACAUCCACCGGAGCCGUGGGGACCUGGAGACAGCCUUUCCCAGGUAUGACUCCGCUAUGAGCAUCAUGACCGAGAUUGGAAACCGCCUGGGACAGGUACAGGUGCUGCUGGGUGUGGCCAAGUGCUGGGUGGCCAGGAAGGCGCUGGACAAGGCUCUGGAUGCCAUCGACAGAGCCCAGGACCUGGCCGAGGAGGUGGGAAACAAGCUGGGCCAGCUCAAACUGCACUGCCUGAGCGAGAGCAUCUACCGCAGCAAAGGGCUGCAGCGCGAGCUGCGCGCGCACCUCGUGCGCUUCCACGAGUGCGUGGAGGAGACCCAGCUCUACUGCGGGCUGUGCGGCGAGUCCAUAGGCGAGAAGAACAGCCGGCUGCAGGCCCUGCCCUGCUCCCACAUCUUCCACCUCAGGUGCCUGCAGAACAAUGGGACGCGGAGCUGCCCCAACUGCCGCCGCUCGUCCAUGAAGCCUGGCUUUGUGUGACCCCGACAAGUCAUGGGCUUCUGCUUCGGCCCCCUGCUCCUCCUCUACCCCGACGCUGGAGGCCUCCCCAACCCGCCGGGCCUCACACGCCUGUUUACUCCUGGGGCAGCCGCCAGGGCCUCCCCCGGCCUCAGCCAGGGCCUGCCCACUGCUGCUCCCCCAGGCCCAGCUGCCCUCCCCUGCCUCUUUGUACUUUGCUCUUUAUAGAAAAAUAAACCAUUUGUACCUGGUC